GUUUAUAGCUUAACUCAUGCCCAGCGCGACAGACUCAGCUAUAAGUACUGGGGACCCUUCUCUAUCAGCUGUGCAUACUAGAGACUCAUCGAGCUCAUCGGCUAUACUCGGAUCGGAAAGGGCGACUAACGGCCCCAGACUAUACUCACGAUGGCGCGUCUCGAAGUCUUUCCGGGAUAUAGAAUGUCCCUUUCCCGAGACUAACAGUGUCGAUGGCCCUUAUGGCUGCGUAUCCUAUCAACUGCUCGGCACAGAACAUAACACACAAGAACUCGCUAUCUGCUUACACGGCCUCAAUGGGUCGAAGAUGCUGUAUUCGGAUCUAGCGCAGGUUCUCUCAAGGAGCCGAAUGGUUCUAACCUAUGAUAUGUAUGGUCAUGGCCUUUCCAACGCUCCCCCAGUAGCCCAUUGUACAGGGGCUGGAAAAUGCUGCUGCCAGCAGCGGGCCUCCUACGAUUUGGACUUUUUUGUAGACCAGCUCUACUUCCUUAUGGAUCAUUUGAAGCUCAUUGACCGCGACUUGAUUAUAAGCCUGAUUGGAUUCAGCUUUGGAGGAGCAGUGGCCGUCAGCUUCGCCGAUAAGAACCCAGAGUUAUGUCAGAGGCUCGUCCUCCUGAGUCCAGCUGGGUUCAUCCCCAUUAAACCAUUCAGUUAUCAGCUGCUACAUUGCUGCCCUUGCUGUAUUAUUCCGCUAGCUCAACACUGCGUGUGCUCAUGUAUUUUCGCCCGCGACAAAUUUGUGGCACAGCGAGCCUGUGCUAUAGGAGACGAGCCUCGCACUGAGGCUGAGCUGGAGUGGCAAGAAAUGUUCUGGCGUAGGGUAGUCUGGCAAACGCUAGUGAAGCGGGAUGGCAUCUCAAGCAGUCUUGCGAUACUGGACCGAGUCCCUUUCUUUGACAUGACGGCCGAGUACUCCCGUGUAGGGGAGCAUCCAAGACCCGUGCUGCUGGUCUGGGGGAUCAAUGAUCAGGUCAACCCUAUAGAAGUCGCUAGCACUGUGAAGAGAUUUUUCAUUAAUGUCUACCUUCUACGAAUACAAAAUGCCGCACACUUGACGUUGUGUGAGCAACCCAUAGUUACUUGCUCGUCUAUUCUCAGUUUUUUGAAUGUACCAACUGAUUUUCGAUUUCAGCAUGGCAACCAGGGAGUUUUACCACUGCAACAAGAGAUGAUGAACGACGCUGUCGGAGCGUCUAAGCCGCAGUCACCCGGUUCCGCGCUACGAGUCCAACUACCACACGCUCGAGACGUGUUCAUUCCACGCCAUGAGGGUUCUACUCGCCAUCCAGAAUGUGCAUUCGAGUGUGACAUCGAAACCACCAUCAACUGCGGUGAUACGUCGAUUGUGCAUCAAGGCCUUGCAGAAGGGUCACCAAUAGCAUCAGUCAGUGAUGGUCAACCACACAAUGCCGAAAUCUGAUCCAUCCUCCUGCGAAGACGAUUCGAUAGGGAUCGCUUUCAUAGCAUUCAGAAUCGCUCUUGAUUAUCGCAGUGUACAGUACUCGGUCAUACCAUU